ACGCACCAUUUAGCGUUUCAUAAAACAUCAUCACCACCAACAGCAACAAAAACACUAUUUCACAAUUUGAGGGAAGGAAAACCCCAUUUCUAUCUCUACUCUGCAACUUCCUGAUUUUGCUAUGGCGUUCCCUUAUAUGGAAGCUGUACUUGGUUUUAUGGUACUGAUGUACAUCUUUGAGUCGUAUUUGGAUAUGCGGCAACAUUGUGCACUGAAACUGCCAACUCUUCCUAAAACUUUGGAAGGAGUAAUCAGCCAAGAGAAAUUUAAAAAGUCUAGAGCUUAUAGUCUUGAUAAAAGCCACUUCAAUUUUGUUCAUGAAUUUGUCACUAUACUGCUGGACUCUGCCAUCUUAUAUUUUGGGAUAUUGCCUUGGUCCUGGAAGGAAUCAGGAAACUUUCUGCUUUUGGUUGGUCUCAAUGCAGAGAACGAAAUACUACAUACCCUCGCUUUUUUGGCUGGUGUUAUGAUAUGGUCACAGAUCACUGAUUUGCCAUUUUCUCUCUAUUCGACCUUUGUGAUUGAGGCUCGUCAUGGUUUCAAUAAACAAACUAUAUGGUUGUUCUUUAGGGACUUGAUCAAAGGAAUUUGCCUUGCUAUUAUACUUGGCCCACCUAUUGUUUCAGCAAUCAUUUUAAUAGUACAGAAAGGAGGUCCUUACCUGGCCAUCUAUCUAUGGGCAUUUAUGUUUGUUCUCUCCCUUGUGAUGAUGACGAUCUAUCCCAUUUUGAUCGCCCCACUUUUUAAUAAGUUCACCCCUCUUCCAGAAGGAGAGCUCCGAUCAAAAAUCGAGGCACUUUCUUCCUCCCUCAAGUUUCCUUUGAAGAAAUUGUUUGUUGUGGAUGGAUCUACAAGGUCAAGCCACAGCAAUGCAUACAUGUAUGGCUUCUUUAAGAACAAGCGAAUAGUACUUUAUGACACAUUGAUUCAACAGUGCAAAAACGACGAGGAAAUUGUAGCUGUUAUUGCCCAUGAAUUGGGCCAUUGGAAACUUAACCAUACAAUGUACUCAUUUGUUGCUGUGCAGAUUCUUACAUUUUUGCAAUUUGGAGGAUAUACUCUUGUGAGAAACUCAACUGAUCUGUUCCAAAGUUUUGGGUUUGAUACACAACCAGUGCUUAUUGGACUGAUAAUUUUUCAGCAUACUGUAAUACCUCUCCAGCACCUAGUAAGCUUUGGUCUUAAUCUUGUGAGCCGUUCUUUCGAGUUUCAGGCUGAUGCUUUUGCUAAGAAGCUUGGUUAUGCCUCUGCUCUUCGUGCUGGCCUUGUGAAACUGCAGGAAGAAAAUUUGUCAGCAAUGAAUACAGAUCCUUGGUAUUCAGCGUAUCACUAUUCUCAUCCUCCUCUUGUUGAAAGAUUGGCUGCACUUGAUGAACCAGAUAAGAAGGAAGAUUGAUAUGAGCACCUUGUGGAAGGGUAGCUGAGCAUUUCAUUCAUUCCAUUCCAACUUGACAAAUAGUAUUACAAUCAGAAUCAGCCAUUAUGAAAUAGACCGCUGUCAAUCCUGUUGGAGACUGAAAGCUAUAUAGUUCACGUAACACUUUCUUGUAAUCUCAGUUCACAGGGGCGAAGCAGGGAAAAAGAAAAGAAAAGAAACAAAAAACAAAGGGGCACAAAAUGGAACAUGAAAAAGUGACCCAGUUAUGUAUCUUAUAUUUGCAUGUGAUUUAAUGGUUACGGGAUCUAAAUUUGUUUUCAA